AUGGCGAAAACAAAGCUCUCUUCAAGGCACUAUCAACCAACACAUGUCUUUGAAGAACCGCAACGAAAAAGUGCAGACUCUCAAAUGGAAGGUCCGGGUGGCGAUUCAUCGUCUUCAUAUACACAGUCGCGUCAAUUAGUUUUAUCACAACCACAAAGCGGACAAAUGCAAACAGCAGCAUUACAUCAAAGAGUUAAUGUGUCGCGAGGAAGACGUAUUAGACGCAGUUGGACCGAACGAGAAAAAAACUCGCUUAUCGAAGGAUGCAGAAAACAUGGAGUUGGAGCUUGGUCAAAGAUACUUCGCGAUCGAAACUUGUAUUUUGAUGAUCGUUCAGCAGGAGAUUUGAAAGAUAAGUUCCGUACAUUGUUUCCAAAUGAAUUAAAACGCCUUAACGGUCGUUCGACAACCCAGAGCCCUCGACCUAUUUCCCAGAUAUCAAUGAAUCCCUCACCUAUUUUUCGUGCUGCCAGACGAAAACAAAAACGUUAUUUUAGUAUUGAAGAAGAUCAAAAAUUAUUAGCCGGCGUCAGAAAACAUGGCUGUGCAUGGGCUAACAUUGCCAAAGAUCCUGAAUUUGGUUUCGCUAAUCAGCGUAAAGGCACUGACUUGCGGGAUCGGUUUAGAUAUGCAUUUCCUAGAGAAUAUGCAGAGAUGGGGUUUAGCCUGCCUUCAAGAAUGCCUCUUAAUGUGAUAAAUGAUGUUAAUACGCUAUAUACUCCUCGACGCAGACCCCAACCAACUAUAAAUUAUCAAGAAGAUGAAGAUAUGAAGGGGGAAGAGGAGGGGGAAGAGGAGGAAGAAGAAGAGGAAGAAGAAGAGGAAGAGGAAGAAGAGGAGGAAGAGGAGGAGGAAGAGGAAGAAGAGGAGAUAGAAGAGGAAGAAGAGGAAGAGAUGGAAGAAAAGGAAAACGAAAAUAGGGCGGAAGAGAUAGAAGAAAAGGAAAACGAAAAUAGGGCGGAAGAGAUAGAAGAAGAGGAAAACGAAAAAAAAGAGGAAAAGAUAGAGGCUGAAGAAGAGGAAGCGAUAGAAGAGGAGGAAGAAAAAAAGAUAGAAGAGGAGAUUGAUGAUAAUGCUGAAAACAAUGUGUUGCAAGAAAUUUUGGAGAAAGAAGAUGAUCAUAUUGACGUUGUAAUGCAAGAAGUAGAAACAGAUUCAGAAUCAGAAGAGUAUGUAACUCAUCAUGAUUCGAGUCCGCUUGUUUUAACAGACGAUUUUAUCGAAAAACCACCCUUCUUCAUGUCGCCACCAUCAGAAGCAUUCCCACCCUUAUCGGAAAACACAUACUUUCAUCCUGGAUUUUUAGUGAAAAACUUUCUGAACAACUCUGCAAAUUUUUUUGUGGAAGCUGAAAGUAGUAACUAUA